GAGAGCAUCACCGGUCGGGCGGAAUGCUGGGACCGAGCGUAGCCUGAGCAGCCGGGGAAGGAACGCGGCGAAGCCGGAGGAGCGAGGCGCUUCUCCCUGGCCGCAAGCAGGCACAAGAGGCUUCUGGGUGUUCUGAGGAUGUCCCCGACACUCCUGGAGAUCCACUGCGUCUAACCCGCCUGGAACCCGUGGUAAGGUGUGACUGGUUAAAGGACAGGCCACGGUGUCGUGGGCUAGAGGCUCUGACUCAACUUGGCAGAUGGGCCGCCUGAUUCUUUCUUCAGGGCGUAAGGGUCUUUACGUGGUUCUACCCGCCCUGCGACGCUCCUGAGGAGAUUGUGCCAAGCAGAGUGUCAUGCACAUCAGUCUUCCAGGGGUGGAGGUCUCAUCUGGAUUGGCCACUUCCAGCCUCCGGGAGCUUGGAAUAUUGAGGGUAUUUUUGUUAGAAGUCUGACUUUGGGUUUGAAGACUGAGAGCGUGGCUGAGUAGGCUUUAUUAUCCCUGAAAACCGGUCAGAAUGGGAGACCAGGCCCCACCCACACUCAUGCAGCUGGCAAGACAGAGGCUGCUGAGGGAGGAGGCCUUGAUCAUUUCUACUCUGGAGGAACUGCCCAUGGGGCUGCUCCCAGCGAUGUUUGAGGAGGCCUUCACUGACAGACGUACAAACAUCCUGAGGGCCAUGGUGUCUGCCUGGCCAUUCCCCUGCCUUCCUGCAGGAACCCUGAUAAAGGACCCCCACCUGGAGAUUUUGAAAGCUUUGCUUGCUGGACUAGAUGUGCUGAUUACCGAGAAGGUUCAUGCAAGGAGGUCGAAACUCAGAGUGCUUGAUUUGACGAAUGUGCACCAUGACUUCUGGAGCAUUAGGGCUGAAACCCAGGAAAACGACUACUCACCACAAGCCAAGAGGCAGAAGCAACCAGUGGAGGAGAUCUGCCCCAAUUCUGGGGUGAGGAAACGUUUUAAGGUAGUAACUGAUCUUGAACUCAUAAAGGCCAGGUUCAAUAAAUGUGAAACGUACUUGUUACAGUGGGCCCAGCAGCGAAAGGAUUCCAUUCAUCUGUGCUGUAGAAAGCUGAAGAUCUGGGAUUCACCUGUCUUCGCUGCCUUGCAGAUCUUCAAAAAUAUAGAUCUAGACUGUAUCCUGGAGCUGCAGCUGAGUCAAUGGUCACUUGAAUUCAUGGCACAGCUUUUUCCUUACCUGGAGCAGAUGAGAAAUCUUCACACGCUUGUGCUAGAGGGAAUUCCGAAGCCCUUCAGAUUUGCUGCUUCUGCAGAGCAGGGAUGGAUAAGCAUGUUGCUUUCUCAGAUCUCCAAACUCCCUCGUCUCCAGAAUCUCUAUGUAUAUAAUAUCUACUUUUUAACAGGCUGCCUUGAGGAGUGGCUCAGGUGCCUGAAGACCCCCUUGAAGACCCUGUCAAUCACUGACUGCCGGCUCUCCCAGUCAGACUUGGAUUACCUGAGCCAGUGCCUGAACAUCCGUGAGCUCAAACAUCUGAACCUGAGUGGUGUCGUGCUAUCUGAUUCAUGCCCUAAGCUUCUCGGGAUUCUCCUCGGGAGAAUCGCAAGUACCCUGCAAACCCUGGAAUUGGAGGAGUGCGAGAUGAGGGACUCUCAUUUCAAUGCUAUCUUGCCUUCCCUGAGCCAAUGCUUCCAGCUUACCAAGGUCAAUUUCUAUCAUAAUAAUAUCUCUCUGCUUGUCCUGAAGAACCUUCUACGUCACACAGCCAAGCUGAGCAAGCUGACCCAGGAGCUGUAUCCUGCCCCUCUGGAAUGCUAUGAAGAAUUGAGAAUACUUAGAAACAGAUUUAAGCUACUUUGUCCCGAGCUGCUGGAUAUACUCAGGGCCAAAAGGCAGCCCAAGAAAGUCUCCUUUUCUACAAGAACCUGCUUGGACUGUUUUCACUCCUGUUUCUAUGACCUGGAGGCCAGACUUUGCCUUUGUCCGUAAGUAGGAUAAGGUUGCUUCUGGUACUAAAACUGGAAGCCUAGAGUUAGGAGUGUAUGUACACUGUGCAUCCUCAAUUGCAUAUAAUAAAUGUACUGAGUUUUUGGGGUUUAAAAAAAAAAAAAAAAAAAAAAAAAAAGAAGAAGUUUAACUUUGUGGUCCUGGCCUGCAACAUGGCUCAACAGGAGUUCAGUCCCUGGGACCCUUGAGGUGGAACGAGAGAACCAUCUCUCAAUUUUCCUUUGACUUCCAAACACAUACACACAAAAAUAUAAAUAAAUGUAAUGAAAUAGAAUUUAAAAAUUUUGCUUCCAAAAGAACAGAGAAAUCUUGCCAUCAUUUUGGGAUAGUUGGGUGAAAACUGACUGCCUCUUGACCGGUGGUUUUUAGUUCCAUCACAGUUAUGCCAUCCGUGGCAUGUGCUCUCCAAGUGAGAUUCCACUUCUGUGGUUGACCAAUGUCUGCCACAAAGAAAACUUGGAAAAAUAUGGUUGUUCUAGAACAUGGGAUUGCAUUUCUUACUCUUCAACUUGACAGCU